AUGGAAUCAACAAUAACUAAUAUUGCUAUUUCAUCAGAUGAUAAUGGAACUUUUUUUACAACUUUAAAAGGAAUAGCAUUAUUUUUAUUGGUACUUUGGACAAUUAUUGCUAAUUCAUUAGUAUUUAUUGUUUUAUACAAAAAUCCACGUCUUCAAACUGUCCCAAAUUUGUUGGUUGGCAAUUUAGCAUUUUCUGAUUUAUGUUUAAGCUUAAUCGUUUUACCGUUAUCAUCUGUUUAUGCAUUAGCAGGUGAAUGGAUUUUUCCAGAAUCUUUAUGUGUGGUAUUUGUAUCAGCCGACAUUUUAUGUUGCACAGCAUCUAUAUGGAAUUUAUCUAUUGUUGGUUUAGAUCGUUACUGGGCUAUAACAUCACCUGUCGCUUAUAUGCAAAAAAGAAAUAAAAAAACUGCUUUUUAUAUGAUUAUAUCAGUAUGGAUUUUUUCAUCAAUAAUAUCUUUAGCACCUUUACUUGGUUGGAAACAAAUUGCAAAUCAUGGUAAUUAUAGAGUUAUUAAUAAAAAAGCAAUUUGUGAUUUUCUUGAUCUUCCAAGUUAUACAAUAUAUAGUGCAACGGGUUCUUUUUUUAUCCCAACAAUUGUAAUGUUUUUUGUUUAUUUUAAAAUUUAUAGAGCAUUUGCUAAACAUCGUCAAAGACAAAUUUAUAGACAAAAGCUGGCUGUAUCAUCUCAUGUUAUUAAAAAACAUAUUGAAUCAACAAUAUUACAUGAAAUAUCUCAUGUUCUUCCAACUAGUGAUGAAUUUGCUAAAGAUGAUGAUGAAGAAGAUAAUGAAUCAAAUUCAAGUAAUUCACGUAAUAAAGAUAAUAAUACAUCAACAUCAACUAUAAGAUCAAAUUAUGAAAGUAAAAUAAUAAUAUCUAAUAAUAUAAAGCAAGUAAAUGAUAUAAUUAUUGAGGAAGAUGAAGAAGUAAUAAAUGAAGAAUUUGAAGUUACAUUAAAAGAUGAAUUGGAAGGAAGUAAUGAGAAUGAUAAUAUUAUUAAAAUGACUAAUGAUAAUAAUAUAUUAAAUUAUAAUACUAAUGAUAAUCAAUCAAACAUCACAUUUAUAAAAAAUUCUUUAAUCGAAGAAAAUGAUAAAAAAGAUAUAAAUGAUGAUGGUAAUCUCAAGAAUAUCUUUUUACAAAAAAAACAUAUUAAGGAAAAUGGUAUUAAAAAUGAUACUUGUAAUAAAGAAAAAGAAAACUUAGGAUAUGUCGUGAUAUGUAAAAAGAAAAAUAAUAAUAAUAAGAAACAUUCUAUAUUAGCAAAACCAUCAGCUAUAAUUAAAAAUAAAAAAAAUAACAUUAGUAGUAGAUUAUUAAAUCGUGUUCCAUCUGGCCCUAAAAAGAAAAAAAAUAAUGAUAAACAAGUUGUAUUUAAAAGUAAUUCAAAAGACUAUGAAAAAGAUAGAAAAAAUAGUACUGAAUUAGCUAGUAUGGUAUAUGAAAAAAUCCAUAAAUGCCAUAUACGUCGCGAAAAAGGGAUGAAUAAUUAUAGGAAUAGUUUAAGAACUAAACCAAAAGCAAUUUCAGCAGCUAAAGAACGUCGUGGUGUUAAAGUUCUUGGAAUUAUUUUAGGAUGUUUUACAAUAUGUUGGACACCAUUUUUUAUAAUGUAUGUUGUGAUACAAUUUUGUAAAACAUGUACAAUUAAUCCACAUAUCGAAAUGUUUAUUACAUGGUUAGGUUACUCAAAUUCUGCAAUGAAUCCCAUUAUUUAUACUGUUUUUAAUAGAGAUUAUCAAAUAGCAUUAAAAAGAUUAUUUACAAAUCCUGAAAAAGUUUCAUUAUUAAGUAACAAAAGAUAUAAUCAGUAG